CUGGCUUUCUCUUAACUCUGUGGGGCUGCUUUUGGUUUGGUGGCAUCUUCUCUUCCAUGAUCUGUUGCAUGUGUCUUCCAGAAGAAAUCUAGUUUGUUUUCUCUCUAGCAGAAGCAGCAUUUAUGAUGACUGUUUUAGUCAUCACACCUUCUGAGAACUGAGAAAUAUGCCAAUUUAAAACUAAGAUAGACGUUAAGCUAAGGCUAUUGGGGAACCAGUGGAAAUGCCCUUCGGGUUCUGUUUUCAAGUUGCCACCACAAUUACAUUUCCACUUUGGAUUUUUUUUUUUUUUGUACUUUCUGUCUUUUUAGUUUGUAAUAGGCUUGGUUUUUCCUUUCCCCUUUUUCUUCUUCCUACUUUCUAGCACUAGUGAUACGACCUUCAACUUUCAACUAUCAAACAGCAAAACCUGCAGCUCAUCAUAUCAAAGCUAUCCCUUGAACAACAGUGAUCUGCAUCAGUUCAACAUCGAGGAGAACGGAGGAACACCGUAUACUGCAAAAAUGCCUGCAAGGCACCACCACCACCACCGUCAUCACCACCACCUCGCAAACUACGGCCCCCUUGCUCCAGAGAGCAAAGACAUUGUUUCUGCAGUUCCAAACCCAAACAAACUGAGCUCAGGACUUCCCCUUUUUUAUGAUGAAACCUCUCAUCUGAAGAAAAUAGAAACGGACAGUGUGAAGGUAGUUGGACCAUGGCCAGCCCUGCACGUCAGCAUGAACAAGGGCGAAGACAAGAAAGUACCUGAAAAGACUCUUCAUGCCCCUGUUUCACCUUCAUCUGUACCUGACCAUAUGAAGUGCAACAUCCUUAAAGCUCAAGUGGAAGCUGCUUUUAGAGUAGGCACCCAGAUGGAGAAUCAAACUCCAGUGUGCAUGGGGGUGCUGGAAGCUGAAUCCAGGAGCACGCUGCCACAGAUACCAGAGGCUGUGAAAGAAGAGUCCUCUUUUGUAAAUCCCAGUAAGACCUCCAGCCUGCAGGACCCUAAUGUAAGAAGUCCAGCUCCAGUGCGACCUGAAACUACGCCAUCAACUGCCCCUACAGAGAAGCAGGAGGUUAAAGUUUCUCGUGUGAGGAAGUUAACAAGGCAGUACAGUUUUGAUGAAGAUGACCUUCCUCCAGCACUAGCAGCAGCAGCAGCAGCAGCAUCCACACCUGUGUCCUCAGCAUCUCCGGGGUCACAGAAAACAUGCACGCCACAGACAUCAGAAGGACAACCACAGGUUUCACCUGGUGGCAAGAGUUCCACAGACGCUGGAAGUACAUUUGCUUUGGAGCCAGGUGACCUCCUGAUGGAUUUCACAGAGGCCACACCUAUGAUAAAGACAUUCCCUGCUGAUACAUCUAAUCCUUUUUUCGAUCCUUUUCCAACAGUACCACAGUUUUCUGCAGAAUUUGCAGACAGCAAAUUACAAUGCUGUACAGUGCAGUCAUCCCCUAAGAUAACGCUGGUAACUCCAUCGCCAGUACUGAGAUCUUUGGCAGACACUAUACCUACUCCAACGGUGCAGACAGUAUAUACGUCGCAUAAACCAAUUUCGCUGGCAGACAGCGCUGAGACUCUGAGGCGUGAACUUGAGAGAGAGAAAAUGAUGAAAAGACUCUUGAUGACAGAAUUAUGAAAUCCGCACUUCCGUCAGAUGGAGACUGGAUUGGGGCCUUUCAUGUGCCUUCUGUCUACAUUCCUCUGCUUCUGUGUACUCAACAUAAUGCACCAGGAAAACGUGUGAUAUACCUGGCUCACCUGGAUUCACUAUGGUUGGUUAAAAUUAAGUCUCAGCUAGACUUUAACUUGAAGGAGUCCCUUUAUUCAUUUGCUGCUGGGAAAUCAACCUUCAAUCCUUUAUCUCUCCUGAGAUUUUAUACUAUUAACACAAUUAAUUUCUGGUUUGGUUUUGGUAAAUCUAGGGCAAAAAGGAUCAGCAAGGAGCAUACUGAUUUCUAUUGGGAAACACUGUUCUGUACAUAUGUUAAUAAGUGCACAGAAAUUAAUGUUAUGCAGAAUAUUUUGAUAGUAACAUAGAAAAUAUGUCAUUUUGUACAACUGAAAAUUGCAAUGAGCUACUGCUAUUUGUUAAAGAACCAUUUUUAAAGCAGAAGAAUGAUUAUUACAUCCUAACCCCAGGACUGUUAGUUUCCACAGAAAAAUAAACGGCUGUCUUACUCAAUUCCUAACCUUAACCUUCACUCAGAGAUAUAAAUAGCUGCAAGGGGGAAAGACACCCCACCAUACAGGUAUACGCACCCAACACUCCCUAUAGAUUGUCAUCUUGACCUAAACCUUCAACUAAAUCCUACCGUAUUUCCAUUAAUGAAAAAAAUCAGUUGUUUAAAGCGAUUUGCUACUGACUUUCUAGCUUGAUACUGACUUUUUUUAACUGAGUGAGAAGCUUUACCUUCUCCAGGUUGCCUAGGCAUUAGGGCUUGCCCAGACUCAGACAGCUUCUGCCCCAGCACUGAAGGUUGCAGAGCCUCAGCGGGGUGGUUGUAGCUCAUGCAGGGAGCUAUUUUUUCCUUCCUGGGUAGAUAAACCACCUUCCUGACUGACAUGAAUUUAUUGAUCACUUUAAAGAAUAGUAACGAUAGCUUAUGGCAUAGCUGUGUCUAUACCCUCUUUUUUCACUCUACUAAUCAGCACAUGUGUACUGGCAGACCUGUGAAGGGUACACCUGACUAUACGUCCCCUUCACCUCCAGCACGCAAGCAGCCUCUACAUUCAGUGGAGCUAUCUCAGGCAUCAGGUGGGGUGGGUGGUCCAGCAUUAGCAGAACCACAGCCCCAGGGAGGGUGUUUAUGGUAUACAGGUAAUGCUACCAACUAUUUCCUAGGUAAAAAAAAAGAAGAAAGAAGUUCUCCAUUCCCCCCUGUUCAGUAUUGCAGGGUCAUCUAGAAAGCUACCAACAGCUGUCAGCUACAAGGUACUCUUCCAAAGGGAAAGCUUUUGUGCGUUUUGUAUGGCUGAAGAUGUAUAUUUUUCUGUUACUCUGUAUGUUCUCUUGUUUGUAUUAAGAUAAAAGAUUGCCCUUAAUUUGAUACUGAUUACAAUGGCUUUAUCUCAACUUAAGCAGUUUGUUUGUGUGGAGCCUGGGAAGUUUUUGAUGUGAGACUGGGUUUCCUUUGGAGUUAACUUAUGCUGUUUUUCUGAAAUGAGAGCUCUUGAGAGCAUCGUAGCACUGUGGAUUGCAAUUUGGAGGUAUAAAAUGACUUGUCUAUUUUAUAUUUACUGGGACAAGAAAUUGGCAUUAGGCUUCCCAGUCAAAUCCACCAACCCCAAAAAUUCAGUUUGCAGUAAAACAGGGCAAAAAGCCCAGCACAAGUAUUAGAUAGAAACUCACAAUACAAAAUGUAAUGAAGUAGCUCAACAUGACCAAUGGGCACAAGGAGCUACAGAAACAUACCUGGACUGCAGAUUUCAGAGAGCUCAGGUGACUUUGUGGGGUGAUCAGAUGCGACUUGUACACUGCCCACCUUCUAGUUACAGUCCCAGGACACUUCUGCUCCUUAUAUUUUAAUGUACCACUCCAUCAAUCCAAGGUUAUUCAAAACAGAGGAACUUUAAACCCCUAUGAAGAAAUCAGAAAGGAGGGGAAAUGCAACAACCACAAGAGCCUGCAUCUUCCAUGUCCUGUUACUCUUUUCUCACCGCUUUCCAGAAGGGACUGGGGGGUGGAGAAGAGCAGCCCAUUUUGUCUGUGCUCAAGUGAAAAUGAGCACUGUGAAGAACAAAUAAAAGAAAAUUAUAAUUAAAGCUUCUGUUUUGGGAGAGGAAAGCAAAGUAAGGUUGAGAAUGGCACAGCACUGACUCCAGCUGAACUUGGUCUUUUGCCUACUGUUAGGCAACCCCCAGUUGUGUGUGAACUGGCAGCAGUUUCACAAAGUCAUUGUCAAGGAAAAACAGAAAAAACCCUGAUGUGAAUGCACAUAUCAGCUGUGCUGAUUGCCAUGGAGUGGAAUUUGGGAACCCCGCAAUAUGCCUUCAGGUUUGGGGGCAAACAGAUCCGAUUACCCACAUCAGGGCAGUCUGGUCACAUAAGCAAAAGCCUUUAUCAAAACUGAAUGCCAGACCUCAGACCAGCCCAUCAGAUACUCUGGCCUGUGAUCAAGCUAUUUAUUUACUAUUUUAAAUGCAACCUUUUGCUCCCAUUGUAUAAAAAUUCUUGAGCUGAAAUAGAACUGGAGAACAAGAAAUAUGAAGCAAGGUUAUUUUACAGCGGCCAAGUCUUUAUAGUUAAGUCAUGCUCUGGCAUAGCCAAGAAAAGCAGGAACUCCUCCCUCCCUGGUUUCCACCAGGAGAAGAGGGAAAGGCUCGCAUGGCCACUUAGGUCCUGGGGGAUGUUUUCCAUAGAACAACCCCAAGUAUGUUGCCUUGUCUUGUUUUAGUGUCUUAUCCACUGGCUGCCACCUAUUCUGCAGCCUAAUGGAGCUUUAUUAAAACUGUUCUACUGUUAUCAAACUAAACUUUUAACUGUGGAAUGUCAUCGCCUUGUUCUUUCUUACUGUGUACUUUCUUCAGCCACGCUUAAGUGUCUCAGUUUUCACAUCCUCUGAAUAAACACUCCUGCCUCACGUCUGGUUGGGAAUUACAGUGUUAGGACACAUGUUACCCAAAACUACUGUAAACAAGACAAUGUCAACAUGAAUAUAUGCUGAGGGGCAGAUAGCCUAGAUUUGCCCCUAGACUUUAACUUCACAGGUGUUAAAGGAUACUCUGCCGAGGGUAUGUCUAUAUAAUAGUGCAGAAGUAUCUGAGCUAGCUUUAAUGAGCUUGCAUAUGUAGUUGUGGCAGCAUGAAGCCCAGCACAGGCUAUCAUUAUCAUGUACAUUGACACGUGUAAAGAUAACGCAUUUGGACAGCAGCCUUCUGAAGCAUGGUCUCCAGAGUUGGUGACGGGAAAGGGUGGCUGAGAGGAGUUUGUCUCUUCAGCUCUCCUGGGAAAGGGUUCAUCUUACCUAAAGUUAACAUGCUCAAGUCUCACCUGACAAGAGAUCAAAGGAACUGUCUUCCGGAGGUGCCUCUGACUUAAAUGUCUACCUUUAUAUUGCUUACAGUUAAGUGAGAUGAAUCCUGCUCUCCGUCCCUCUGGUUAGGUCUACAUUGCAAACCCUUGCCAACACAGACAUAUCAUCGAGGGUGCUUUGAGGUAUGAUUUGUGAUCGAUGUAGCUCUGCCAGCAAAAGCCUUGCGCGUUAGGUGUAAAUAUACUACCAGAAACACCCUGUUGUCAGAACAGCUUGUGUCCCUUAUGGGGAGAACAGAGAGCUGGAGUAACUUACAGUGGCAUAGUAAGCACAGAGGCUUUGUUAUAGUUGUGCCCGGUUUGGGAGGCACUGGUUGAUGAAACCUCCUGCUAUCGCCACGCUGGCAAAGCCUGCCAGGGGUGGCCCUGGCUUUUAAACAGUGCCCGAGUGAUGCUCUGACCCACUCAGCAGAUCCCAGCUUUCCAGCGUGAAGUCUCUAAGCGGCAGAAUGCAAUGUUGUCAUGUUUGGGUGAUUCCAGCAAAAUUUAUCGGCCAUUUAAAUAGCUAUGCAAGGAGUUAAAUAUUUUCUCAUAUUGCAGUCUCCUAUGGAAGCCAGCCAAUUGUGCUUUGGCUUUGUGUGGUUCAGCUGUUCUCACUAUUUUGUUUUAAAAGGAAUAACCGGGUUUUCUUUCCUUGUUUGGGAUCCCACGUCUCUAUCAGGUCCCACAGCGUGUGUAGAUUUUUCACGUUUCGAACAUCCUUAGGCCCUGAAGGUGCAAUGUAUGAAAAUUAACUCCUCCAAAGUUUCUGUUCGUGGCUUCACAACUCUCUUGCAACAGGAUGCCUACGUGCCCAUUUGAAACAGAGCUGGCAAUGCAGUGAAAUGUUUCAUUGGAGGCAGCAUCGUGUUUUGUUUGCACUGUUUACAGCUAUCCUUUGGUUUUCUUUUUUUAUUCUUUUUUUUGUUGUUGUUUCUGAAUACAUUUCUGGUUCAUUGGCUACAGAAAACUACUCGUAAUUAUGCAAUGGGACAGUGUUUCUUUUUUUAACUUUUUUUUUCUUUUUUUUUUUUAAUGUCCUGAUGUUCAAGGAGUUUGCAAUAAAUAUACUGAGGCUGCUCUGUAAUUGCAUGUAAGAUCAGCCUCACAACUGUGUUUUGUAAAGUUUAAGUGCCGUAAAAGAACCUGUAGAUGACGUGGAGAAGGAGGGAAGGGAGAGAGUAAGUGGAGGAGAAGGCUUCUCUGGCAGCUGCAGCUUUGACUGGUGGGUGGCAGCUUUAAAGUAAGACUGCUCACACCAUUUUGUUUCAUCCGAGUAGCAGUGUGUAUCAUCAGACAGUGUAUGAUGGCAUUUUGUUGAAAACAUGCCUAGAGAGAAACUUUUACGGCUCAGCUGUUUACCUGUUCCUGUAUUCAUGCCUGCAAUAAAUGAGAUGAAAAAUAAA